CAGAAACUAGAAAGAACAGAAUCAGAUAUUUUUCCUAAUGAAUUUUAAAAUAGAGAGGAAAUAAUAAAAGAUACUCUCUCUACCUUAUCCAACCUUCGCCACUUCUCCCACUAAUCCGCUAAUCUUCUCCCUCACUCUCUCAUUCAACAAUCCGAGAUUUUCUCAGUCAGAUAAUCCUUAGGUUUUUCUAGUUUUUUCCGCUCAAUCUGAUUAUGGACAGUUGCCUCUCACAUCAAGCGGCGCUCCGGUUUCUCCCGUCGCGUUCGAGGAGACAGAGCGGCGAUGGAGGCGGCGGAUUUUCUCUUCAUGCGAUGCGGAAGGUCCAGUAUAGAUCGAUGGUCGUGGUUGCGACGGCGGGUGCGAGCCGGUGCGAGCCUGGAAGCAGCCUUAACGCGCCGCUUGAACCGCGAUCGGCGCAGGGAAGGUUUCUGAGAAGCGUGUUACUAAACAAGCGGCAGCUCUUUCACUACGCCGCCGCUGAUGAGCUCAAGCAACUGGCCGAUGAUCGGGAAGCCGCUUUAGCUCGUAUGUCUCUCAGCUCUGGUUCCGAUGAAGCUGCUCUCCACAGAAGGAUAGCUCAACUCAAGGAACGUUACUGCAAAACAGCAGUCCAAGACAUAAUGUACAUGCUAAUAUUCUACAAGUACUCUGAGAUAAGAGUCCCUCUCGUUCCAAAGCUCUCUAGAUGCAUCUACAAUGGAAGACUCGAGAUCUGGCCUACGAAAGACUGGGAGCUGGAGUCGAUUCACAGCUGCGAUGCACUUGAGCUCAUCAAAGAACACGUUAGCGCAGUCAUCGGAUUACGUGUCAAUUCGUGCGUGACUGACAAUUGGGCAACAACACAGAUACAGAAACUUCAUCUCGGGAAAGUGUACGCGGCCUCGAUCUUGUACGGUUACUUCUUGAAAUCCGCUUCCCUCAGGCACCAACUCGAGUGCUCCCUAUCGGAUCUCCAUGGAAGCGGGUACCUGAAAAGCCCAGUCUUUGGAUGUUCCUUCACAACGGGCACUGCACAGAUCUCCACCAAGCAGCAGCUGAGACAUUACAUCUCAGGGUUCGACCCCGAGACAUUGCAGAGAUGUGCAAAGCCAAGGACAGAGGAAGCAAGGAAUCUGAUAGAGAAGCAGAGUUUGGCCCUUUUUGGGACGGAGGAGAGCGAUGAGACGAUCGUGACAUCGUUUUCGAGUCUGAAGCGGUUGGUCCUCGAGGCUGUGGCGUUUGGGACGUUUCUGUGGGACACGGAGUUGUAUGUAGAUGGUGCAUAUAAGCUCAAGGAGAAUGGGAAUGCUGAAGAACAUGAAAACAGGAGCAUAUGAACCAAGAAAAGCUUCAUCAUCCUUUCGUGUAUAUAUAGAGAGAAAAAGUUUCUGCCGAAUCUCUCAGGCAAUUCUUUUCUGUAUAGCUUUUGCUUAGUUAUAAAAUGUUUUGACGGUCAAAUAAGAAUGUGGUGGGUUAAGGGAAUAAGAGAAUGUGGGGCUUAAUUUUAUCGCUUUUGCAAUACUUUUGAAAUAUCGAAUCUGAAUCAACGAACCACCGUAAAAA